AUUAGUUUACGCUUCCGGUUGCGUCUGCGGAAGAGAAGCAGGCGACAACACAGUCUUCGUACAGAGAGCAUAGGAAUCUGUGGGCGACAAAAUGCCACUUUUCGAAGGGCUGAGUUAUAGUGAUGACAAAAAUGUAUAUAUUUUGGAUAUCGGAGCAGCAUACACAAAAUGUGGACUAGCUGGCGAGACAGGACCUCACUGCAUUAUCCCUAGCACUGUAAAAAACCCUAGAACUGGCAUUGUUUCCAAAAUAUGGGACCACAGCUGCCCAGCAGAGUUGCAGGAGAACUUAAAAGAACUUUUAUCUACCCUAAUAUUUAGACACUUGCUGAUGACGCCCAAAGACAAAAGGGUUGUGGUUGUGGAAUCUUUGCUUUGUCCAUCUUACUUCCGAGAAAGUUUAGCCAGAGUCUUGUUCAAACACUUUGAGGUUGGUUCAGUCCUCUUCGCCCCUAGCCACGUACUGGCAUUGCUAACUAUUGGCCAUACCUGUGGUCUUGUGAUGGAUGUGGGCUACAGAGAAACAUUGGUCAUUCCAAUCUGUGAAGGCAUUCCAGUUUUAAAAGCCUGGCAGGCAGUUCCAGUAGGAGGAAAAGCAAUUCAUAGUCGUAUUAAAUCAUUGCUGUUGGAAAAAGGAGUUGUCAAAACAGCUGAGCAGCAGGACAGACCAGUCUCCACCGUACCAGAAUGCGUAACAGAGGAAAUUUUAGAAGACAUAAAAGUACGGUGCUGUUUUGUGACUGAAUUCAGCAGAGGCCAGGCAAUUCAGGAUGUCACUUUCAGAAAUGCUGAUGCUAGCAGGUUGCCAAGACCUGUUCCUUCUGUGGAUUACCCUCUUGAUGGAAGCAACAUUCUCACUGUGGAUGGCAAGAUAAGGGAGUACAGCUGUGAAGUUUUGUUUGAACAAGACAUUGAUGGACAGUCACUGCCUGCCCUUCUCCUUAACAGCCUGUUACAGAGCCCAGUUGACACGAGGAAAGAGCUCGCACAGAGUAUCUUGAUCAUGGGAGGCACAGCUCAGAUUCCUGGCUUCUACCAUCGACUGAAAAGGGAGCUGGAUGCUUUAGCAGCAACACCUCAGUACAAAGAUGCUUUGGGUUGUAAAACAUUUAAGUUCCUCCGCCCACCAUCUUGUGAAAACUACACUGCAUGGCUAGGAGGAGCACUUGUAGGAGCUCUUGAAACUCUGCCUAGCAGAUCUUUAUCUAGAGAUGCAUACAUUCAGCGUGGACGUCUGCCAGACUGGUGCUGCUUGGAUCAGGAUACCUGGAUUGAUGAGCAUUCACAAUCACGAAGAUGAUCUUUUAAGCUUUCUCAACAAAAUGGAAUAAGAUGCUGUGCAAUAUUACCGUCUAAAGUACAUUUAGUAAUGCUGACUGUCAAGGCACAUAGUAUGUUCUUGGAAUACUGCUUUUUGUGUUGUGUCUCAACUUAAAAUAAACCUUCCUGACACUGUAUGCUGCAAAUGUUCCUUUGGUCAUAGGUCUUUAAGUCAUUUAAGUCACUGCCCCUGGGAUAUUUAUUGCUUAAUACUGUGGUAACAAGCAAAGAGCAGAUUUACAUGCCAAUUACAAUUAAUAGGUGGAGUCAUAUUAAUUGCAGAAAGUUUCUUACAUUCUGGUCUUUAUUAAUGUAUGGUGUUCUUUUCCUCUAUAGCAUGUUGGAGUAGCUUCAUUAAUAACUUGAUAGUUUUAGGGAAGAAGAAUAUUUCAGAUGUCAUCUUUAUGUAAGUUACUAUUCAAUAAAGAUAAAUAUUUCAUACUGA